AUGGCAAGGAUUGGAAAUGAAAAGUUGAAAGAAAUCAUUGAACUGAUUAUUAAAGAUGGUUGGAAUGGCACAAUUACUUAUUAUAAAAAUACAGGUCCAGCUUUAAUGUGGAAUUGGUAUGUAACCGAAUAUAUUGGUGCCAUACAUGGUGUUGGAUCUGUUCUAAAAAGUAAAAAAUAUCCUGCAGAUACACAAUCAACUGAAGAUCAUCUCAUUCAGUAA